AUUCGUAUAAAUCGCGAGCAGAGAAAGAGAGAGGAAACGUCUAGUUGUUAAGCUGCAAAAGCAAAAUCCAAGCAGGUGGCAGGUAAUAGUGGUGAAUAAGGUCGCCCGGGCGACUAAAUUUUAUUACCGAGCAGAGUGCGCGAGAGUUGAUUCGAUCGAGUGUGUGAAUGUAGAUGGGGUCGAGGGUUUUGGCAAUGGUGCGAUCAAUGUUGAUUCCAACCCCUAAAAGAGAGGCCCAGUGCGGGAGCGGCUUUGUCGCGCUCAGUGUCCUCCGAAUGUGAGGAACAGUAUCAUACUCCUCUGGUUGCGGUCCGAAGAGUGUGGAAAGAGGAGUAGUAGUAAUAGUAAGGAGAAAAUUAUUACUACGAAUACCAACCUCAGUACCAUUAAUAGUAAUCGAAGCACAAACCUGCGAAAGUUCAAUCGCAGCUUAGAAGCCUGCACCCAAAAACUAAGUAGGUAGAUGGCCGCGACCACGUACAUGCCAAUUAGCAGCGCAGUUUCGUCCGAGUUGGAUGGCAGUACCGGACCUGCCAGCGGCAUGAACAUCGGCGUCGCCGGCUAUCCGUCUGGCUCGCCCCGUAGCGCAGCCGACGCCGGCGAGAUGAAGUACAUGCCUGCUCCCCAACAUCAUCAUCAUCAUCAUCACCAUCAUCAAAUGAAUUCCUCACCAUCACCUAAUGGACUGUCGCAUCCAGGAGGUUUAUCCGCAGCAAACCCCUGGGCGAGUUUGCAACCUGGAAGUGAUCCUUGGGCCGCUUCUAUGGGUAUGCAUCAUGCAACACAUCAUCCGCACCAUCAUCCACACCAAAGCAAUUCAGCAUUGGAUGUAAAGCCAUUGGCAGCUGCUGCAGCUGCCACAGCUGGUGAGCCUGGUGGUAUGCAUCACCGUGGUCCUCAUCAAUCUCCUGGUAUGGGGUCACCCCAUUCGUGGCAUGCACCUGUUGUAUCUUCAGGACAUUAUAAUCCAGGGGGUGGAUCGCCUUCACCGGCUGCUCUUCAACAGUAUCAUGCAGCUAUGAAUGGUAUCUUGCAUCAUCAACCUCAUCAACAUCCACAUCAAUUGCACAGUCACCAAACGGGUCUACCGCACCAUCUACGUGAUGCUCAUAAUCACAGUCCACCGUCGGGUCAUCCGCUACAUCAGGGCCAUGCUCUCGAUAGGGACCACAGUGCUGGUGAGGAAGACACACCGACUUCCGACGACCUUGAGGCCUUCGCUAAGCAGUUCAAGCAGCGACGUAUCAAACUCGGUUUCACUCAAGCCGAUGUUGGGCUCGCUCUAGGCACUCUUUAUGGUAACGUCUUCUCACAGACGACAAUAUGUAGAUUUGAAGCACUCCAGCUCAGUUUUAAGAACAUGUGCAAACUUAAACCACUACUACAGAAGUGGCUCGAAGAGGCUGACUCAUCGACGGGCUCACCGACCAACAUCGAUAAGAUUGCCGCACAGGGUCGGAAACGCAAGAAGCGCACUUCGAUCGAAGUCUCGGUCAAAGGUGCUCUUGAGCAACACUUCCAUAAGCAGCCUAAGCCUUCCGCUCAGGAGAUUACUUCCCUUGCAGAUAGUCUCCAGCUCGAGAAGGAGGUUGUGCGUGUAUGGUUUUGUAAUCGGCGACAAAAGGAAAAACGCAUGACGCCACCAAACACACUGGCCGACGGCAUGAUUGAGGGCUUGCCAUCGGGUCAUCAAGGUCAACCUGGUCUUCAUCAAAGCUACCACCCACAGGAUCACUUACAUGGCUCCCCUAUGGGCCAUAGUCACAGUCCACCAAUGUUAAGUCCUCAAGGUCUAACUGCGCACUCGCUGGCAGCACACUAGCGUUCGCCGGGGCCUCCCCCGUCGGGUCUGGGCGCGACCUCGCAGGCGGGCUCGGAGGCCGCGUUGCCGCCCUUUUAUCAUCACUACCUCCAGGCGCGUUCAGCA